CCCGCCCCCCCCCCAACCGGUUAAACCUCUGUGCGGGAUCCUCCCACCCCUGUGGGCCUCCUGAAAGGUCUUUAGAUCCUGAAAGGUCUUUAGAUCCAGGGUGCCCCUCCAGCCAGCCAGGAUGAGGCUCUUCGUCGCACUUCCUGUCCUGAUUGUGGUCGUAGCCAUGGCUUUGGAAGGCCCAGCCCCCGCCCAGGCGGCCCCUGAAUUGUCCAGCACACUGGAGAGCUUACCGGAUAAAGUGAAGGAGUUUGGGAACACGCUGGAAGACAAGGCCCGGGAAGCCAUUGAAUAUAUCAAACAGAAGGAAAUUGUGAACAAGACCCGGACCUGGUUUUCAGAGAUAUUCAGCAAAGUGAAGGAGAAAGUGAAAACCACGUUUGCCUGAGCGCCCUGCGGGCAGCCACCUCGCAGCAGCAAGGACGUCCAAGCCAAGGGCCAGGUCCCUCUUCAUCACGCAGAAAUAAAAAUCCUGUAGAGAGCAAA